CGUCACUUCCUCCACGUGGUCCAGGUCCAAACUCCCGCCCGGAACAGUCGUUUGUCAACACUACUGAGCGUCUCCGACCGGUGUCUGUCUGUCUUUGUGUCCUCUCCAGUCUCUUGUAGCAGAAUGGCCGAAAACAAAGACGACGCAGAUAACGUGGAUGUUUUAGCCAGCGAAGAGGAGCUGGAGAGGGCUUUGUGUGUGCUGGCUGGUAGCGACCCGGAAAACUGCUCUUAUUCCCGGGGCUAUGUGAAAAGGCAGGCUGUGUUUGCCUGCAACACCUGCACCCCCAAUGCUGCAGAGCCUGCAGGAGUCUGUCUGGCCUGUGCCAAUAAAUGCCACGAUGGACACGAUAUCUUUGAGCUGUAUACAAAAAGAAAUUUCCGUUGUGAUUGUGGAAACAGCAAGUUCGGGGAAUUCAAGUGCCAACUGUCUCCUACCAAAGAUGUAAAAAACGUUAAAAAUCACUACAACCACAACUUCAAUGGCUGCUACUGUACAUGUGACCGACCAUAUCCAGACGCAGAUGAUCAGGAAAACGAUGAGAUGAUUCAGUGUGUCAUCUGUGAGGACUGGUUUCACACCAGGCACCUGGGCGUCAGUGUAGGAGAACCUGAGGAGCUGCAGGAGAUGGUGUGUGAGCCCUGCAUGAACAAGGCUCCUUUCUUGUGGAUGUAUGCUGCACACUUUGCAGUACCUCUUGUGAUCAGUAUUGAUCAAUCUGAGGAGGAGGGGCUAGAGGUGGAUGUGGAAGGGGGAGCACAACAGGAGGAAGAGACUCAGUCCAGACAAAGUGGGGAGCAGGAACCUUCAACGAGCGCUGAGCACACAGAGCAGGAGGAUGAUGCAAAGAAGACCUCGCCUUGCAAACGGACCCAUGAUGAAAUGACUAGCAGCUCUAGCACGACGAUGACCAUGGCCUGCAGGCUGACGGAGCUGCAGGUUCAGGGGCUGGAGAGAGCGAGACAGGGAGCGGUGUUCUGGCCUUACAGUUGGCGCACCAAACUGUGCACAUGCACAAGCUGCAAGAGGGCCUAUGUGGCUGCAGACGUGCAGUUUCUAAUGGAUCAGUCCGACACCAUUCUGGCCUACGAGAACAGAGGUCUAGACGAGCCGUUUGGGCAGCACCCGCUCAUGGCACUGACAAACUCAAUGAACCGUGCGCAGCAGCUGGAGGUCAUUUACGGUUUCAAUGAGCUGACAACUUCCAUCACAGCGUUUUUAGAUCAGUGUGUUGCUGAAGGAAAGACGGUCACAGUGGAAGCCGUCCACGAGUUUUUUGAGGAACUGCGAGCCAGAAAAAGACGCAGAACUAACGCAGGAUACCAAUAACAAGGUGGCCCCGCUGCUGUCAUGUUCUGUUUUCACAUGGUGCUCAAUGAAUGUGCAACUCGGAAGACGAUUCCCUCUAUCAGCGGAAUAAAAGCUGAAAUGCUGCAAACAAUGUGAUCCUAAUGCUUGAAGAAUGAAUGCAACUACUGACCUGCAAAGUGUUGCAUAAGAUGAAGGGCUGUGAGCUUUGAGCAGACUUCAUGUCCAUUUUUUAUGUUUAAAUCGACACCUUAACUUGAAACUCUAUGAGCAAAAAUAGUUGUUUCAGCACUCUAUUCAGUUGCCUUGCUACAUUGUUAUGACCGUCUCACAUUAACAAAAUGCUGCCGUGUAAACAUGUCCUGUGUAUAACGUGUUAAAACAGUUAGGAGCUUUCUGUGGUGGUGACUGGUUGAGAAAUAUGUUUGUGAAAGUGAUGUGAAGAUAUGUGAUUGUUUUAAACUUCAAAAUAAAAAGUUUCAUGUGUUUCUAGUGCAAAACAAACAAACAA